AUGCUGAAGAGGAAAUUACGGUUUUGCCACAACUCACACUUCAGGCUUUUCUUGGGUCUAACUCUUAUUUUAGUAAUCGUUUCGGUUUUGAAAGUCAACCAGAAACAAGACUUCUUAAAUCGGAGACAUCUAGAGCUGACAGAAGAAGACCCUAUUGGCAAUGUUAACUGCACCAAGAUUACAGAGGGGGAUAUAGAAGAAAUUCAAAAGGUAAAGCUUGAGAUGUUGUCAGUGUCAUUUAAGAGACGUCCCAGACUAACAACAAAUGAUUAUAUUAACAUGACAGCAGACUGUGCCUCCUUCACCAAGGCUAGGAAAUACAUUACAGAACCUCUCAGCAAUGAAGAAGCAGAAUUUCCAAUUGCUUACUCGAUAGUGAUUUAUCACAAAAUUGAGAUGCUUGAUAGACUUCUAAGAUCAAUCUAUGCCCCUCAGAAUUUUUACUGCAUUCAUGUUGACAAAAAGUCUCCAGAAUCUUUUUUUGCUGCUGUGAAGGGAAUAGUCUCUUGUUUUGAUAAUGUCUUUAUUUCCAGCCAGUUAGAGAGUGUUGUAUAUGCUUCAUGGAGCAGGGUGCAGGCAGACAUUAACUGCAUGAAAGAUCUCUACAGAAGAAGUUCAAACUGGAAAUACCUAAUAAACCUCUGUGGCAUGGACUUCCCUAUAAAGACUAACCAGGAAAUAGUAGAGAAAUUAAAAGCCCUUAAAGGUGAAAACAGCUUGGAAACGGAAAAAAUGCCUGUUUAUAAAGAAGUAAGGUGGAAAAAACACCAUGAAAUUAUUGAUGGUAGAAUAAAGAACACGGGUGUAGACAAACAACUACCACCUCUCAGUACUCCGAUUUUUUCUGGUAGUGCCUAUUUUGUAGUCAGCAGAAGAUUUGUAGAACACACACUAGAAAGCAGCAAAAUACUUAAGUUCAUUGAAUGGGCAAAAGACACUUACAGCCCAGAUGAGUACCUGUGGGCAACAAUUCAGAGAAUCCCUGAAGUCCCCGGUGCAGUUUCUUCUAGUGGCAAGUAUGAUGUUUCUGACAUGAACGCACUGGCCAGGUUUGUCAAGUGGCAGUACUUUGAAGGUGAUGUGUCUAAAGGUGCACCCUACCCACCAUGCAGUGGAGUUCAUGUUCGUUCUGUCUGUGUUUUUGGGGUAGGAGACCUGAACUGGAUGCUACGAAACCACCACUUCUUUGCUAAUAAGUUUGACACUGAUGUUGACCCUUUUGCAGUGAAGUGUUUAGAAGAGCAUUUGCGACACAAAGCUUUGUAUCUGCAAAAGAACUGA